AAGGCAUUCGCAUCAAACCAGUGACCGUCGAAUUGGAAGAGGAUGGUGUCAGAAUUGCUUUAACUAUAGUGGACACUCCCGGUUUUGGAGAUAAUAUAGACAACGAGUUUUGUUUCCAGACCGUUCUAUUCAAGUCGUCUGCAAAAGAUUUAUCUACACCAAUAUUUGAAAUUAUGAUUCAAGGGCAAGGAGAAUCACGACUUCCC